ACCAAACUUUUAUGGCUGUGGGGAUCAAUCCUGUGGUGAUGGUCGGUGCAGUCAUCGCAAUCUUGGUCCUGUCCCAGGUACAAAUAAUGGCCUAUGGUGUCUCUUCCGUUUGUUGGUGGACUGGUCCAUCCCACUGCUUCGAUUCUUUGAUACCUCUGUUUACGCUAGCUUCCGCUGCUUUUGUGGCUGCUGAGCACCAUGAAAUCCUUCUCCGCAUUGAUUGCUAUGUUUGCUUGUGUUGCGCUUGAAGUCGCAGCCGCCCCCACCGACGUAAAGCUAUUCGUACCGAUGCUUGGAGAUGGUAUCGUUGCGGAUGCGCAAGUGGUCGACAGUGGCGCAGCAGGCACCGCGUAUGCGUUCUCUAUCAUUUCCGGGAGCGCGCCGGUAGCAACAGGUACCUUGGUCGAAGGCCCCGCCACCGCUGUUCUCCUCAUGGACGCACCAAGUACAACUGUUCAAGUCGCGUGUGCCCUUGGGACUGGAGCGGCCACAACGUCAGUCGGGUGCGGCAUGGUAGUGGGCAGCUCGACGUCCGCCAUUGCGGCGACUAGGACUGCGAAUGCUCUCUUCCACGUCACGAACAAAUCUUCAGCGCAAACCAAUCAUAAGUUGGUGAAGGGUGCCGCAGUUCUUGCGUCUAUUGGAGUUGGUGCUCUGGCUGUAAUUCUUUAAGGUCUUGACGUAGUCAACAAUGUUCCGCCGAUACCAUGCCCUCAGAUGUAUGAUCUGCUCCUAACGCUGGGCUGAUGUGGAAGCCAGACUUCUCCAAAAGUUC